UGGAGCUUCGAUUUCAAACGAGAUGCGAGGAAUUUCGGACUGGACGAAGAGCAAUGCCUCGCGGCAUUUCCAGACUUCUACAAAGAGAUUGAUCGAGCUAUUCAAUAUCGGAAAAAGGUCGCGGGAAAGAUCAAGCCGGAAGAGCUGGAGGUGGACUGGCGGUUUGACGGCAUGAUGCGGGCCAUGAUACACGACAACCAACUAUACAUCAUCGAUGCGCAUGGUCUUGCUCCGCCAAACCACCGUGCUCGAGCCAUCGCGACUUUGAAUGCGAUCCAACGAGCCCUGACAUCUUCUGCAAUUCCCCUGCCCGACAUCGAGUUCACCUUCUCCGUCCACGACGAUGCUCAUACCAGCGAGGACGACACUCACACCACUUGGGCCUAUAGCCGCAAAGCCCAUCAAACCUCCCUCUGGCUGAUGCCCGACUUUGGCCUCUGGGCGUGGCCCGACGUCAACAUCCGCUCAUAUUCCGAACUCCGCACCCAACUCGCUCUCUCAGAAUCUCACUUCCUCGACAAAAUCCCGAAACUCGUCUGGCGAGGCAGUCUCGCCGUCGGCUCACACGACGUGCGCGCAGGACUCGUCGAACACGCCGCCAAUCAGCCCUGGUCUGACGUUAUGGAGCUCGACUGGAGCGACAAAAGCAACAUCAACUCCCGCCUCCUCAGUAUGUCUGACCACUGCGAAUACAUGUUCGUCGCACAGACUGAGGGAAAUACCUACUCUGGCCGGCUGAAAUUUCUCCUCAACUGCCAUUCCAUCCUAUUCUCCCACAGACUCGACUGGAUCGAAAAUUACCACCACCUCAUGCAACCGACAGGAGAGUUCCAAAAUUUCGUCCAAGUCAAGCGCGACUACUCCGACCUCCCCAAGAAGAUCACCAGACUCCUGGAUCCGAAAGAAGUGCAACGAACUGAACUCAUCGCCGACAACGCCAGGAAGAUCUUCCGCGAACGAUACCUCACACCCGCGGCGGAGGCCUGUUAUUGGCGCGCGUUGAUUAGAGGGUGGGCGUCAGUGCAGGAUUUCGAGCCGAAUUUCUGGUGGGAGGUCACGGAGACGACGGCGGAGGGGAAGACGUUGAAGAGGAAGCCUAGAGGGACGCCAUUUGAGGCGUAUGCGAUU